AUGAAAGAUAAAGAUGUGAUGCGGUACUUGAAAACCUCACAGUUGGUGCUGGCUUUAGAGAUUAUUCACUCAAAGCCAGCAGAUAAAAGCAGCAAAGAAUAAUAUGCAGAGCGCAUGUCCAAAAUAGUAUCUGGACAGGAUUCCAAGCAGAAGUCAAGAGUUGAAGCUGUAGAAGCUGAAGGUAUUCAUUUGAGGCAGCAGCUCUUCUUAAGCAAACUUUUUUUCCUGGAUGCUGUUUGGAAAAUAGUAAAUUGGGAGGAAAGUGUAACCCCAUCAAGAGCAGGCUGGAGGUCUGAGAACAGACUUGGAAAAAAAUGUGGAAGGAAUUCCUCCACAAUAUCUGACUCUAUCUCUAAAUUGCUCAGUGACCUGGUUGCUUCAUAUAGUUCUCCAGAACUCAACUUUUCACAUCUUAUGACUCAGGCACCCCAGACCCUUCAGGGAGCUCCAUUAAUGAGUGACCCUGUAAUGGAGCUCCUGCAGGGGCAAAAUGCAUACCAGCCCACCUUUUUCUCCACAGAGCUUAAGGUGGCUUACAUGGUUCCCCCUGCUCCUCACAACAACCCUGUGAGCGUAUCAAGAAACUGAAUAUCCCUGCUCUUUGGAGAAGUCAGUCGAUUUGCUGAGAAGAAUAUGUUUCUCCAGAAACUUGACCAAGCUAUUUUUCACCUCUCCGAUGAUUUCCCCUUGUUCUGAAUUUGUUUAUGGUGACCAGGCACUCUUCUGAAUGCAGCACAAAUACAAACUGGUGAAAGAAGCUGUUUUGCUUUGUAG